AUGUUUGUAGCUUGCCCGGGCCCCAGCUGGCCCGCCGCGCCGCCAUGUGGCCUGCCUGCGAGAGGCCGACAGUGCCGAGCAGGUAGGCUGAGGGUGCAAACGCGGGCUUGGAGCUGGGACGCGGUCUACAAGGUGGCGUCGCUGUGUGGAGUGGUGGGAUUAUUUAUCAAAGACGAUCUGUUGAGACGGUUGCCGCCAAGGAGGCUGCCCAUGCGAAUACUUAAGGGAGCCAUCCGCUCUGCAGGACAGCAGAUGUCGGACGAAGCCAAAAGCGUGCGUGUCGUGGAGCGACCAGAGAAGGCAAUUAUCAAGGCCUUCGUCGACAGCCCAGGUCCCUUUGCUCUGGCAAGCCCGUCCUUUCUCGUCGUGAGUGGAGCGCAAGGAACCGGAAAGACCACCAUGCUUAAGAGCCUAUUCGCGGAGUAUCACAACGACGGCCGCUGGGUGCUGCCCGUGAGCCAAGAAAUCGACCCGGGCGGCAAACUGGAUCUCACGGAUGUAGUGCAGCAGGCAUUGCGAACACGGAACCUGCCGCAGUUCCUGCCAAGUUUCCAAUUGAUCCCAACCCUGCUGCGGACCCUGAGCGAGAAGUGCAGUCGCGAAAGUGGCGGCCCCCUCAUCGUCUACCUGCAGUUGUCCACCAAAAUCCGGGGCGCCCCUUUCACCGAUGACCAGUGCGAAGCGUUAGCGACAGAGGUCGGAGCCUUCGGCCGAAAGCUGACGUACGACUACCCCCUGUGCAAGUUGGUUGUCGAGCUGUCCGUGUCCCUCAUUGCCGACAAGAUCCAGGACAAGUUCAACAUGUCCGAGCUCGUCGUGGUGGACCCACUGCCUUUGAAGAGCUUCGUGGAGUUGGCCCUGGAGAAACCGGAGAUUGUCGAAAAUCUCAAGAUGGACGAGCUCAGCCGGCAGGAGAUCCUCAAGUACUUCUACCUUCGCGCUGGCGGCAGCUUCCGCGAGAUGCAGCUGCUCUUGAAAAACGCGGCCAAGGCCAACGCCUCG